CGGCCGCUGCUCAGAAUACACCUGCUUAUGAGAUGUGUGCACUGAAAACUUUAAAAACUGCAUGAAACAUAGUAUUUUUCAUACUUUUUUCAACAUAAGCAUUUUUCAACACUUAGCAGUUAUUCAGAUGUCUUUUCACAGGCUUGCCGGCAUAAUCUGUGGCCAUUAAAAGCCCGGGAGGAUGGUUUUCUCCCUCCAGCGGGGGCUGCUGCUGGUGGCUCAGCUGCUCCUGUCCGGCUGCUGCAUCCCGGCUGCUCCCUCUCCCCAAAACGACUUCUUCUACAACCACAUCUUCAGAACAAAUGGCAACAAAGAAAUUCAUUUCAGUGGCGUGAAACUCCAGGUGAGCUCUGAUCGGCCGCCGGCGUCCGCAGUCAGAGGGGGAAACGCCACCCUUCCCUGCAGGUUUUGGUACGAGCCGGGGCUGAGCUCCCAGAGGGAGACCCUGGUCAGGUGGUCCAGACUGCCUGCAGCCGGGGGUCAGAUGGGGACAGAUGUGCUGGUGUCGUCCGGCUCUCGCAGUCAAAGUUUUGGAGCCUUCAGAGGCCGUGUGGCCCGCAGGCAGGAUUUCCCGGGAGACGCCGCCCUGGUGAUCACGGACCUCCAGCUGAACGACACGGGCAGCUACAGAUGUGAGGUGGUGGAUGGGUUGGAGGACCAGAGCACCACGGUUCAUCUGGACCUCCAAGGCGUGGUGUUUCCCUACCAGCGGGCGGGGGGUCGAUACCAGCUCAGCUUCCUGGAGGCGCGGCAGGCCUGUGAGCAGCAGGACUCCACGCUGGCCACCUUCAGGCAGCUUUUCCAGUCCUGGAGGGAGGGCCUGAACUGGUGCAACGCCGGCUGGCUGGCGGACGGCACGGUGCAGUACCCCAUCAGGCAGCCCCGGGAGCCCUGCGGGGGGCGGGGCCUCGCCCCGGGGGUCCGGACCUACGGCAGGCCAAACCCAGACCUCCACCGCUACGACGCCUUCUGCUUCUCCUCCGCACCCCGAGGGGAGGUGUACUAUCUCCAGCCUUCUUCUCUGAGGAUGAACCGGACCGAGGCGGAGCGGGCCUGUGGGGCCGACGGGGCCCGGGUGGCCCGGGUCGGGCAGCUCUACGCCGCCUGGAGGUUCUCCGGGCUGGACCGGUGCUCCGGGGGCUGGCUGGCCGACGGCAGCGUCCGGCACCCCAUCAGCCGCCCGCGCAGGAAGUGCGGCCCCGCGGAGCCGGGGGUGCGCAGCCUGGGCUUCCCCCCCGCCCAGCAGCAGCACGGGGUCUACUGCUACCGGCCGCACGGAGAGUGA